AUGUUGGGCUGUUUUUGGGACGUGUCCCGGGCCGUGGAGCUGCUGGAGCGGCUCCAGCGCAGCGGGGAGCUGCCCCCCCAAAAGCUGCAGGCGCUGCAGAGGGUCCUGCAGAGCAAGUUCUGCUCCGCCAUCCGCGAGGUCUACGAGCAGCUCUACGACACCUUGGACAUCGCGGGGAGCCCCGAAAUCCGCGCCCACGCCACGGCCAAGGCCACGGUGGCGGCGUUCGCGGCCAGCGAGGGCCACGCGCACCCGCGGGUGGUGGAGCUGCCCAAGACCGAGGAGGGUUUGGGCUUCAACAUCAUGGGGGGCAAGGAGCAGAACUCGCCCAUCUACAUCUCGCGCGUCAUCCCCGGCGGCGUCGCCGACCGCCACGGCGGCCUCAAACGCGGCGACCAGCUGCUCAGCGUCAACGGCGUGAGCGUGGAGGGGGAGCAGCACGAGCGCGCGGUGGAGCUGCUGAAGGCGGCGCAGGGCUCGGUGAAGCUCGUGGUCCGGUACACGCCGCGCGUGCUGGAGGAGAUGGAGGCGCGCUUCGAGAAGCUGCGAACGGCGCGGCGCCGGCAGCACAACAGCUACUCGUCGCUGGAAUCGAGGGGGUAGAACCCCCCAGGACCCCCCCAGACAACCCUGGGACCACCCGGAACACCCCAAAAUCACCUGGGACCCCCCCCAGGACACCCCAAAAUCACCUGGGACCCCCCAGGACGCCCUGGGACCACCCAGGACCCCCCAAAAUCACCUGGGACCCCUCUGGGACCUCUCUGGGACCCCCCAGGACCCCCCAAAGUCCCCCCGGACACCCCAAAGUCACUUGCGACCCCCCCGGGACCCCCUGGGACACCCCUGGGACCACCCGAGACACCCCAAAGUCACCUGGGACCCCUCUGGGACAUCUCUGGUACCCCCCAAAAUCACCUGGGACCCCCACCCAGGACACCCCAGAGUCACCUGGGACCCCCACGGGACCCCUUUGGGACCCCCCAGGACCCUCCAGGAACCCCCAGGAUCCCCCAAAGUCACCUGGGACUCCCCAGGAACCCCCAAAGUCCCCCUUGGACCCCUCUGGGACCCCCCAGGAUGCCCCAAAGUUACCUGGGACCCCCCCUGGGACCUCUUUGGGACCCCCCAGGACCCCUCUAGGACCCCCCAGGACCCCCCAAAAUCACCCGGGACCCCCCAGGACCCCUCUGGGACCCCCCCGUGUACAUUGGGGGAUUUCUGUACAGUAUUUAUUGGCGACUAUUUAAAGUUGUGGCCCAGGUGGGUCACCUGAGUCA